CUCCCGGGCGCCGGGCCAAAUGUCCAAUUUACAUGCAUCCGCUGAAAUUGUCAAGCAGAGAGAGUAGGUCGAGUGAGACAUGCUUGGCGACAAUGAUCACUAUUCAUGACGCUUGGAGAAUGGAUCACGGGAUGGCGGCAAAGAUGAAGUCAUGGAUGUUCGGUGGGAGAAAGUAAUAACCACUUAUCCUGAAAAUACCUCAUUGAAAGAAAAUGUUAAAUCAAACAACAGAAAUAAGAACAAGUUGCCUGAUUCCGGCGAUGUGAAAAAGUCCCCAUCCCAAAAACAUUGGUCUAGGAUGGGAGAUCGAAAAACAAGCCUCAUCUUGGAGGAGAUGGGCAUGUCACUGUUUGAUGAAGACAGUCAAGACGAGUGCUUGGGACCAACACCACCCUGUUAUGACAGUGAAAAUAUACCACCACCCCAGGCUCCAGUUGCCUUUCAUAUCCAUAACAGCAGCCCAGGCAGCAGUAAUUCCAAUUCAAGCACUGAGAAUCAGUUAUUCAAUUCUAGUCCACUUUCAAAUGUCUUCAGCAUCAGUCGAAAAAAGAAGUCUUACACUUUAACGGGGGAUGGUAUGAUCAAUGUGCUACCUGAUGAGGUCAUCCUGGCCAUAUUUAGAUGGUUACCGCGCUUCAUGCUCGUCAAAUGUGCAUGUGUCUGUAAGAGAUGGUACAGACUUGGGAUGGAUGAAUCAUUCUGGAAGCGCAUGGACUUGGCAAACAAAUCGCUCAGCGCUGGUGUACUUGGGAAUGUGCUGAACCGCGGUGUCUCCAUACUCAGAUUGUCAAAAACAGAGAUUUCCUCACCUAUUCACACAUUGUCACAAUGUAUCAACUCUGUCAGACCAUGUCAAUUACAAUACCUGGACCUCUCAAUGGCUGUGAUAAAGCCUGAAGGUUUGGAGGAGAUAUUUGCCAGGUGCACUAAACUCCGCAAAGUCAGCCUGGAGAAUUGUCAACUCACAGACAUAACUUGCCAAUACAUCGGUCAAAACAGAAACAUCCAAGUGUUGAACUUGUCCUCAUGUCAGAAUCUCACAACUGAAGGUCUGUCAGAAAUCACCUCAAACUGUGUUUGUUUGGAGUCGCUGAACCUUGCGUGGACGUAUUUAGAUCGAGAGACUGUCGUGUACCUUGUGUUAUGUCUGCCCAGCGGACUCCUGAAACUGAACCUUAGUGGAACAAGGGAGACACUCACUGACGAAGAUGUGGGAAAUCUAAUCCGUACCUGCCCUCACUUGAAGGAGUUGGAUCUUAGCGAUGCUCUCUUGUUGACGCCGGCCAUCUUACACGACAUUGUCGCCAACUUGAAGGGAUUAGAGCACAUUGCCCUUAGCAGAUGUUAUCGGAUACCGGCCUCUCAUUUACUUGCCUUGUCCUCCAUGGUCUCGCUGAUGGCACUGGAUCUGUUCGGAACAACGAUAGACGGUGCGUUAGAAGUGAUACAAGAUGCCCUGCCGAAUGUCGAAAUCAAUAAAUUCCCUUUUUCAAACAUUGCAAGGCCGACAACAGGAAUACGGCGGACAAGUAUAUGGGGUUUGCGGGUCAGAGACAGUGUUUUAUAAAUGAAAUGGAGAUGUACAUUCAUCUAUCUGGGAAUAUUGAUGCAGAGUGGGUUAAGUUAAACUUGUUGUUACAACAAGUUUACUGAAUUGAUCCUAAAUUUUAUGCAAUAGUUUGAUUACCUGUAUUUACUAUCCCUGCUUCAGCUGAGAUCUGUAAAUUUGCAAUCAUGUGUUGGUUCAGAAAAAGCCUCGGUCACAACAGCUAAAACCAGUUUUGCCGAAGGAAUUUAUCAUUGCUUUCUCAAAAAUAACAAGA